UUAGAAGCUAUCAUGAUUUACGACCCGAGUAGCCAGCCAUCUCAGACUAUGCCACCAAUAACAUUCAAUCUAUUUGAUCCAUGUCGAUGAUCAAAGACUGCACCACCACCAAACCAUCGUCCACAACCGUGAGGAGCUCCUUCUUUCUCGGUUGUUUUGGUUGUUCCGGCGAGAAGAUACAACGCAGGGAUAAAGUCAACUUGGGCUGCCGGCGUCGUUGGAUCUCUAAGUGGAACUUGAGUUUCAAAAAAUCCGCCACCAAGACAGUUCCUGUUGAACUCACCUCCACCUCCGGGAAAUCAAAAUCGUUUCAGCUUUUGGAGAAACAUGCUCCGGCGACAUCCGAUACAACAUGGGAAAUUCAGGUGGUGGAAGAAGACGCAACGUUGACCAAAAAAUCUGUUUUCAUGGUGGAGGGAAACCUUGCUCCGGUGACAUCCAAUGAACAUAAUAACCGUCGGAAAAAAUGGGUUUCUAUACUCAAGCGUCAAAACGCGUCAUCCCGUAGCAGCCGAAAAGAAAUGAAAGCAGCCACCACAACAGCCACCAGUGCCGGCCUAGACCCCCCGGGAAAAAAAUCUGUGUCAAUUUCUUACCCUGUUGUUUCUUUCCCUCUCAAACCUUUGACUGAUGCGACAUCUCUACCGCCGCCUAAAGAGAAGAAACCUUCUCAUGCUCCUCCUGCAGCCGGUGGAGCUGACAAAGUAACUUUCAACAAGCAGCCGCCGUUGGCUGGGCGGUUUGAUUCCGUGAUUGGUAUGUCAGUAAUACUAGUGGCACUACUCAUAAUGCUGCUAUGGGGUAAGAUAUGUGCUGUUCUUUGUACUUCUGCGUGGUUCUUUAUAGCGCCACGCCUGGUGGCCGGCGGGGAACGUUCUGCCUUAGCCACAGCGGAGAAGGGACGGCAGGAGUCACAUAUUAACUUGGAUUUGGAGUCAACGGAGUACAAGAAAAAGGUGGUUUUAGAAGGACUUCUUCAAAGAAACCACCGGAAUGUUGUUGGUAGAUUGUAGCUUUAUAAUCCUUGGCUAUUUUUCGAAUUCUUAUUAUUUUCUUUCUAAAAUUAUUUUACUUUUGGGGUUUUCAUAGGGUUCAAGGAGAUCGUACAUACCAUUUUUUUUCUUUUUUUUUGUUUGUCUGUUUAAUGAUUUGUGUACUAAAAAUGGUUUUCAAACUCAACUAUCAUUGUGAAAUUCCUAAGUAAUUACCACUACGCCACCUGUAUUAUGGUGCGAUUUUAUUGGUUCUAA